AACAAGUCAAGAGGUCAAGAGGACCAGGACUACAUCUAGCGUGUAUCUUGGAUAGAUCUAUAGGAUAUGGUACAGGACAUCCCCCAGAUCGGCUACGGCAUCGGGACUGCAUGGUUCAAGAAGGAAGAGGGCGACGUCGACAGGGCCCUCGUCGACGCAGUCAAGAUCGCCAUCGAUGUUGGUUACCGUCACUUUGACAAUGCCGAAGUCUACAGAAAUGAGCGGGACUUCGGCGUUGCUUGGACGGAGCAUGGCAUCAAUCGAGAAGACCUUUGGAUCACGACCAAAGUGCACAUGGGCGUGGCAGACGCUGUCGGUGCACUCAAGGCAUCCCUCGAGAAGCUGCAGACGUUGUUUGUGGAUCUCUAUCUAAUUCACAUGCCGUACUUCGAUGACAAGGGUGAAGGAAAGAUUGAGGAUGUCUGGCAGGCAAUGGAGCAGUGUGUCGACCUCAAACUUGCCAAGCACAUUGGUGUGUCCAACUUCCGGGUCAAGGACAUCCAACGUGUCCUCAAAGUCGCCACAAAGCCCGUCUUUGCCAACCAGGUCGAGUGUCACCCGUAUCAUGCCACGCCUGGACUGCAUGAUUUGAUGAAGCAGCAUGGCAUCCGCGGUGAAUCUUACGGGCCACUUGUGCCCAUGCUACAUGCCAAGGAUGGACCCCUGUCGCCAUACAUUUCUGAAUUGGCAAAGAAGUACAGCAGAUCAGAAGGCCUCAUCUUACUGCGAUGGAAUAUCCAGAAGGGCAACAUUAUCAUCACCACAUCCUCCAAAAGAGACCGCAUGAAGGAGCAAUUGACGGUUGCUGACUUUGAGCUGGAUGCUGCUGAUGUGGCCAGGAUUGACGAGCUCGGCAGCCAGCACAGUUUCACCAAAUUCUUUGACAAUCCCAAUGAGUAGAUUAGAUAGAUAGCAGGUGCCUGAUGUUUUA